AUGGAAGACGACGAGCUGCGCCUGCUGUCGAAUCUGACCGAGAAGAAAGAGUACAUGAUCAUCUCGGAAUCGCUGUGGAACGCGAUUUAUCAUUGGUAUGGCGGCGGACCGGUGAUUUCGCGCCGCGUGAUCCGAGCGAGCAAUAAGAAUUUGGAGCUCGAGCUCUACCCGCUCUUGCUGCACAUUUGUCUGUGCAACGAGGACGGCACGCCCGACCAAUCCAACGAAUCGCUGCUGUGCAGCAAAGUGCAGACGGUGGAGCGCGUGAAGAAGCGAAUCUGCCAGAUCUACGAUUUGGAGCCGAACAAAUGCCGACUGUGGAUCCUCGAAGACGCGCAGGACAACGAUAUUCUGCUCAAGGACGAGAAGAAAACGCUGGAGGACCUGGAGCUCUGCGAGGAAGCGACGGUGAUGAUCGAGGAGCGGAACGAGAACGGAGCGUUCGUCUACGGAACGUCGGACGAUCGGAAGACGAAGCGAUCGAACGGGGUGCCCGGCCUCACGGGGCUGGAGAAUUUGGGAAACACGUGCUAUAUGAAUUCGUCGCUGCAGUGUCUCACGCACACCAAUCUUCUGCGCGACUACUUUUUGUCAGGAGAUUAUGCGUCGGACAUCAACCCGGAGAGCAGCGACGGGAUGAACGGCGAGCUCGCCAACGCGUUCGGCGUGCUGAUGUCCGCGAUGUGGGAGAUGCAGACGCGCGUGAUCGCGCCGCGUCGGUUCAAGAACGAGCUGUGCAUGUUCCAGCCGCAGUUUCAAGGGUACACGCAGCACGACGCGCAGGAGCUUCUCUCUGUGGUGCUGGACGGGCUCAGCGAGGAUUUGAAUCUCACGUACAAAAAGCCUUACGUGGAACUGGACGGAGAUUAUUGCUCCGAGAGCGAGUUGGCGAGACGGUAUUGGGUUCUGCACUGUUCGCGCGAGCAGAGCAUCAUCACGGCGCUGUUUUGCGGGCAAUUCAAAUCGCUCGCGCAGUGCACGGCGUGCAAUUACAGCAGUGCGAAGUUCGACCCGUUCACCCCGUUUUCAUCCCUAUCUACCCUGAAUAAUACCAAUCAGAAAAUUCUCAAUCACAUUGAUCCCUACAAUCAGAAUCAUACACAACUCUAUUCCCAUGGAGUAGCAAUUCUUUACCCAGCGCCCUGUAUUAUAAUGGUUGUUCCGCCCCAAGUCAGACCUGAAGAUUAUCCUGAAGCCAUGGCAGUCCAGUUCCCGUGGAGACCAAACGACAGUCCGACGAUUUUACCGGUGAUUCGAAUGCAUCCCGGGACUGUGGUGGUUAUAGUUCCUGGAGAUUCGACGAAGGAUGACAUGAUGUAAUCGUAAUUGCAAUUUA